ACAAUAGUAAAUUAAACUUGGGUGUGGUUUGGAAAUUAAAUAACUAAAUUUAAUUAUCAAUGGAAUCUUUUCUUGAGCUUCUGUUGUCUCUCACGGAGAGAUCAGGUGUCAUAGCCCGGCUUAUACGGGGAGAUAAGGAUCUAUUUGGUAGUCUGGUUGAAGAGAAAAGUGGAAAAGCAAAGAACCAGAGAUUUGAAGUGGAUUUUAAGACCUUGUCUGAUACUUUGAUACAAGAGCUAUUCAAGCAUUUUAUUGGAGAAAAAUUUCCGCAACUAAAAGGUUUCAUAUUUGGAGAAGAAACUAACACCUUUACCCUCUCUAACGGAGAAAAUGUAACAAUAGAAAUUGGACCGACUCCUGUAGACACAGCUCACAUGCUAUCACGAUUACUAGAUCCAAAAUUGGCCGGGGUCCUAGUGGAGACUAUCCACAAAGAAAUGAAGACAUGUUUGAAAGAAGAAGACAGAGAGAAAGUCAAACUCCUCAAAUAUUUGGACGAAAGACAAUUGGGAGUCUGGAUUGACCCAUUAGAUAGCACUAAUGAAUAUGUGAGAGGUGUCACAGGCUCCAGUAGCGAUGGACUCUAUUCCCAAUCUAUUCACUGUGUCACAACACUGGUGGGCGUGUUCGAUCGUAUCACAGGGAAACCACUAAUUGGUGUCAUCAAUCAGCCGUUUCAUUCUACUGAUAGUGAGGGGGUGUGGUGUGGGUGGAGCUUGUGGGGAAUCAGCGAGGAAGGUUUAAUUGGAAUGUCCUCACCUCUGAUCCCUGUCAGGAAAGGUGACAAUUUAAGUAAAAAAAUCUGCUUGGUAAGCAGCAGUGAAGAUUCUCACUUACUUGAUAAACUUAAUGCAAGUACUGAAUGGAGGACAAUUAAUGUAUCUGGGUGUGGCUACAAACUAUUAUCAGUCAUUACUGGCCUUGCUGAUGCAUAUGUAUUGAGUAAGGACUCUUCCUUUAAAUGGGACACUUGUGGACCUCAUGCAAUACUACUAGCAAUGGGAGGGAAUCUAGAGCCUUUUGUAAGGCAAGGAGAAGGAGGAGGUGAAGUGUUAUAUCAUUGUUGUGGUGAAGGAGAGGGAAGCAAAUGUUGGGCAAACAAGGACGGGAUUAUUGCCUAUUUAUCCAAAGAUGUUGUGAGCUCUUUGCUCUCAGUAAUAGACUAAUGAUCAUGAGCAUUUUUUAAACAAAUUGUGAACAAACCCAACCUUAUUAUAAUUUAAAUUUCUUUGUUAUGUCAGAUGAAUAUUAUGUCACAAUCAUAAUCAUUGCUCUCUGUCUUUGGACAGUUUUAAUUAAUUACCAAAGUUUAUUUUGAGCUCUUUA